CGUACUUUGCGAACCGGAGAAGCUAAAGCCAAGCCCGGAGUAGUACCACAACCUGUUACGUCUCUCUCUGUCUCCCUCUCGCCUUCUCUAUCUGUCGGAAGCCGGUGGAGUUUGACGGAGCGUCUGAGCAGGGUUCGAAUAGCUCCAGUUCGUGAAGUUAGCGAUAGAGGAAAAGAAAAGAAAAAAAAAAUCUACUGAUGACUUCACCAACCGAAUUCUGUUCUUCAAAUCCGCCCUAAUUCUGCCGAAGUCCGUGAGCGGAAUUUAAAAGGAGUGAGAAAUCCUCCCUGGCUGUUGAUUUGUAUUGUGCCCCUUCCGCAUUAUUCUUGUCAGGUCUACCUCGCACUUUGCUAAGUUGGGCAAAUAAUAAUCAGAAUCGAUGGGAAGUACAUUUAAUCCACACAUUUUAGUGGACAAGCUGGCCAAGUUAAACAAUUCACAGACGAGUAUCGAAACGCUGUCUCAUUGGUGUAUUUUCCACAUGAAUAAGGCUAAAAAAGUUGUUGAGACAUGGGCCAGACAGUUUCACUGUUCUCCACGUGAGCAGAGAUUGGCCUUUCUAUAUCUAGCCAAUGAUAUUUUGCAGAACAGCCGGCGAAAGGGUAUUGAGUUUGUCGGAGAAUUUUGGAGAGUUCUUCCAGACGCUCUUCGUGAUGUAAUCGACAAUGGGGAUGAUUUUGGAAGGAAUUCAGCAUUACGACUGAUUGGUAUAUGGGAAGAGCGAAAAGUAUUUGGUUCUCGGGCACAAAUGCUAAAGGAAGAGCUUCUGGGAAGGCAUGCGGAAAAGAGUAAGAGAAAUGGGAAGAAUUUGGGCCUCAAACUGAAGCAGCCAGGUGGAAAUACACUGGACAAAAUAGUUUCAAGUUAUCAAGUUGUUGACGGUGGCCAGUUGGAUGAAAAUGUUAUAUUGAGCAAAUGCAGGAAUGCUAUUAGCUGUCUUGAAAAAGUUGUCAAGGAACCUAGUGGUGAUAUUAACUCAGGUCGUUUGCAUGGAGCUGCAUUUAUGGAUGAGGUGAAGGGGCAGCAUGCUAUAUUGGGGGAGUGUAUUGAUCAACUGACCGCAGUUGCAUCAUCAAGAGCAAAUCUUGUCUCUAUUAUGAGAGAGGCUUUGCACGAGCAGGAAUUCAAGCUGGAAGAAAUUCGUAGUCAGCUUCGGGUUGCCCAGUCCCAGUCAGAAGUCUCUCAUCGGUUAAUAGAUUGCAACAACACACAGUUGCCUGAGCAAGUUUCAAAAGAGGCUCACACUUCCAUGGCACCUCAAACCUUUAUAUCAGCAGAUAAGGAACAAGUUGCUCCUGUUAUGGACAACCAGCAGCAGAUGUCUUAUCCUAAACAAUCUGGCUCCAUUGAGGAAGGGAAGUCUGCUGCUGCUGCUGUGGCCGCAAAGUUGACGUCGUCUACAUCGUCGGCCCAUAUGCUUUCUUAUGUACUCUCCUCCCUUGCAUCGGAGGGUGUCAUUGGCAAUCCAGGGAAAGAUUCUUCUGGUGAAUACCCGCCUGAAAAGAGGCCUAAGCUUGCGAAUGACCAAUCUAAUGUUUCCCCUCAAAAUUCCUCACAACCACCAGCUCCUUCCCUGCAUCCUGAAUCUCUCCCACAAAAUGUGAUUACCACCAGCCAGCAAUUAACCCAGAAUGAGCCACCACCUCCUCCUCCAUCAUCUUCUCCUCCACCAAUGCCACCAUUACCCCCUAUGCCAGUGGCGUAUCCUACACCCCCUUACAUGCAGAGUGUUGGAUCUGUCAUUGGUGAACAAUUCUCUUACGGUAUGGCGCAACAACUGCCUCCCCCCUUCCCAGGUUAUCCAACUAUGACCGCUCCUGUCACUGGAAUUUCUCCCUUCUCAAUACCUCCGGCAAAUGCGUAUCAGAGUUUUCAAGGUCCUGACGGUAAUUUCUACAAUCAGCCACCCUCUAUGCCAACAGUGCCCAUUUCACGUCAAUAGUCUUUCCGAAAGGCUGCUUGGACUGACAAGGUGUCUCCGCUACUUGAUAGUAUCAAGUAAACUGUACAAUGAAGCCGCAGGAUUCCCUGUAUUGAAUGUUUUAUUCUCUAAGUUCCCUUAGAUUAUACACCUAAUUAUAAUUGCACAUAAUAGAUGUUUGUAACGAUAAAGGUUUUAACUUUGCUCUGUGUUUGUAGGUGAAAAUUUUUUUUCCCAUCAAAUUGAUACAUAGGAUUUUAAGGAU